AUAUUUAUUUUCAUUCGAAAAUAAAAUUUGAAUUUGUAUUUGAGUUAUCGAGGUAUCAAGACGAAGAUAACCUGAUUGUGCGAGGCCGUGUUGACGCUAUUCACAAGCCGAAAGAUGCGCCAUAUGGGAUUGGCGAUGAUGCAGAAUACGGCGGAAAAACAGUAGAAAUGCUUCUCUAUCUGGAGGAAAAGUACGGCCGGGUGACCUCAUUCACAAGCACCUACACAGCUAACACCUGGAACAUUACCAUCGACUUAGCAAAAGACGUCCUACAGACUGAUAUGGAGCAUUCAACAGUUUUUUUUACUGAAAAUGUGUUCCCAUGGAAAACUAAACUAACAAUAGUGGGACUGGAAAAUGAUGAUGAUUAUGGAACUUACGCGUGUAGGGGCAAGGACUCUCAAAAUGAUGUGACCAUAUUACAAAAAGAACCAAUAUCAAUGGAAACACCACAGCGACAAAACCUUACUUUUCGUGAGAGUGGAACUAUAAGAUGUAAAGUUGCGGGGCGUCCAACACCGAAAGUCAUGUGGACGGUUAACGAGAAGCCUAUCAAUGAAUCAUCAAAGUAUGUGAUACUCGCUGAUGGGUCUUUACGUGUCAAUGACGUUGCCGGAAGCGACGCUGGUGAGUACAUCUGCGAAGGUUUCCAGCGAGAAACAGGUGACAAUCAGGCAAAAUUAAUCACGGUGACGAUUAUCUACGAGGUACCGACUGCUCCGUUAAUUUGGGUACUUGAUGAAGACAUCAAAUCUCGCAGCGCAAUUAUCCACAUCAAUUCUUCCAAUUCUUUGGAUGUGCUACCUGGAUUUCACUACGUUUUGUAUGUCAAUGGCACCAAUUUAACUGUGUCUGGAAGCACGUAUAACGAUGAAGUGUCUCUGAGUAUCGACGUAACGCCACUGACGCCCUCUACAGAUUAUGACGUAUAUGGCGUGGCUGUUAGUGAGGGUGGAACUAGCGAAUCCUCAAAUCACAUCAAAUUUCAAACUAACGAUGAUGAAACUCAAAGACUAAUCGUGAAUACGUAUUUCGGAAUCAUCAUAUGUAAACUAGAUUUCUACUCUGUUACCUGGAAGAAAGAUGGCUAUUCAUUACCAGACUGGAUUAGCGGUUAUUUUUACUUCUACAAAUACAUCCUAAUAGUCAAUGUCGAUUAUUCUGAUGCUGGAACGUACACAUGCAUUGGAAACAAUUUAAGCUGUUCUAUUAACGUUAUUGUUGAAGAAGGUCAGUGAAAGUAAAUUUCUCGGGAACAGACUGAUUAAUCGGACAGAAGUGAUAUUUCUACAUUUGGAGUCAUCCACAAGAUAUUGUUUACUAACCUGUAAUCAACUAAUAGCUGUCUUUCCAACGUUCCAGUAUAAUUCUAUCAAGAACAGAAAAGCUGAAAUAAUUUAAAAUUCAUUUUAUAGUUUAAUUCUUUGUUUCAAAAGCUGUUGGUAGAUUCUUGGAAUAUUAUAAUAUUAUGAAAAAAAUAUCUGCGUCAACCCGUUAGUGUUUUGUAUUGCCACACGUCACUGUAAUUAUUUCUAUUCAUUUUUUGUAUUAAAGUAUACUGCCCUCUAUCGACAAACAUUUAUUUAGUUUGACCGGAAUUAACUAUGAACUGUUGGGAUUUUAUGAAUAAUACUUUUUACAUUUUCAAUUUUUUAAGUUUUUAAUUUUUUGAAACAAUAUUAAUUAUUUGGAAUUGAACUUUAUCAAUAUAUAUAUUAAUCGUUUUAAUAGUAUAGUUUUUGAACUUCUUGAAAAUACUGUCAACAAUUUAAAAAGUUAUGACGUAUUAUCACUACUUCCGGCAAAUUACAUACAUUAGUUGAAAAGCCCCGUUUGCGGAAAUCUGCGAGUUAGAGUCAUGAAGGCGUCAGACUGCAUUUGAAUAGCGCUUACUAUGAUCAACAUAGAAACAACCGUUAAGUAGAUGUGAGUUCUAUAUACAUAUUGCAAGUUCAACCCAUUAGAUGCGGCGGAAGUUUUGCCAAGUAGAAAUAAAAUAAUCCCACCCAUCAUGGCGAUAGGAUUCUACUCAUUGAUUGGAAUUUUAUGCUUUCAAGGUAAGAAUGAUAUAAAUUCAGCCGGAUAUUUAAGGCAUAUGCCUACUAAAAAUUCCAUUCAACUAAAACGCAUCAAAGUGUGAUAUAAGAAUAUGUUACAUGAGAUAGUGGUCCACAUAAUAAAAGCACGAGUACAUUAAAUUAUUUUGCAUCGUUAUCUUAA